GAGUCAAUGCCAUCUGAGGUAUCAACAUUAGAGGCAGAACUGACAGCAGAUGAAGGCAGACUGCAAGCUGAGAUUCCAAAGACUGAGGCAACAGUUGCGUUCGAUACAGAGCUAACUGAAUCUGUGAUAGAAGUUGCAGAUGUAGAUGCCAUGGCAGACAGAGAUAUGCUCCAAGUAGACCUUCCUAAAUCAGACUCUGAUGUCACUGAGGGUCAGUCAAGAACGCAGACAGUGAUAAAAAUCAGUGAAGUUUGUUUUACACUGCAAAUGGACACAAUGCAAGAUGAGAUUGCAACAGCUGAGGUUACAGUCACAUCGGGCAGCGAGGUAGUAGAGCCUGAGAUAUGCCGUCCCUCAACAGAAAGUGAGAGAGUGGAGUUUGAGAUAGCAAAGGCCGAGCCUGAAGUCACACUUGACAUUGUUACACUGAAACCUAGUAUAGCUAAGAUCGAACCAGAUCUCAGACCAGACACAGACGGACUGCAAACUGAGCAGCUAAAGGUCAAGAUUGAUCUCUCAUCAGAUAUUGAUAGAGUGACACCUGAAAAAUCAGAGACUGACACGGAUGUUACACCGGAGAGAGAAACCCUGCUAUCAGACAUUCCAAGUCCCAAGGCUGAUGUGGUGUCAGGGAGUAAAAGGAAACUAUCUAUCACCGGAAUACAAUGCUUUACAAUAGAGGACACAGACACUGCAGUCACCGGAAUACAACGCUUAAAGACAGAGGACACAUACACCGUGCUCACUGGAAUACAAAGCGUAAAGAUAGAGGAGACAGACACUGCGGUCACUGGAAUAGCACAUUUAAUUAUAGAGGACUCAGAAACCGUCAUCACAGGAAUACAAAGUUUAAAAUCAGAGGACACACACAUUGCGGUCACUGGAAUACACAGCCUAAAAAUAGAGGACACAGACACUGCGGACACCGGAGUACGAAUCUUACAGAUAGAGGACACAGACACUGCGGACACCGGAGUUCGAAUCUUACAGACAGAGGACACAAACACUGCGGUCACUGGAAUACACAGCCUAAAAAUAGAGGACACAGACACUGCGGUCACCGGAGUACGAAUCUUACAGAUAGAGGACACAGACGCUGCGGUCACCGGAGUACGAAUCUUACAGAUAGAGGACACAGACACUGCGGUCACUGGAGUACGAAGCUUGAAGACAGUGGACACAGACACUGUAGCCACAGGAAUACAAAGCUUGAAGACAGAGGACACAGACACUGCAGUCACAGGAACAAUAAGCUCAGAAAAACUUGACAAUGAGAUUGCCGUUAAAGAAAAAUAUUUAUCAUACCAACAGGAUUCUGAGAUGCCAAAGCCUGAUUUCACAACUUAUGUGGAAGAGGUUGCCAGAGAGCCCAGAGUAGAAGUGCAUGGGGAGAGCACUGAGACACUUCAAGAGGUGCUUUUAGUCAGUCGUAACGUUCACUGGCCUACCACAGUCCAAAGUGUUGAACAUGUGGAAAGCCUCAGUACGGCUACUUUACUCACAGAUGAUCCAAGUGUUAGCAUAAGUUCCCAGCCAAGGAAAACCCACGCAGAGCAAAUGGACUCUGAUAUCUUGCCAACACAACCCCUUGGAACAUGGACUUCCAUUCACAGCAUGACACAGCACAUCAUAUCUGAGUCAGCUGACUCGGACUCCUCCAGUCUUGGGCCUGGGUUACCCCAGAGCAGGCCGUGGGACCUACGGCAUAGAGUUGCCCAUUUGAGCAGCCUGCAGCCACCUGAUCCUGAUGCUCAGGAGGAUACAGGAAGUGGCAGUUCCAGUCUUCCCACUGCCACUUUGAAAACGGGACACACAAAGAGCCAAAAGGGUGUUAACCAAGGCAGCAGCUGUGUGCCGCAGCAAUGGGAACGACGUGGGGGUGACCUGGUAACAGGGCCAGCAGAGGCAAGGUCAGGGGUGGAGUCGGGGGCGGAGUCAGCCAGUCAGCCCACCAUGACGGAGCUGCUGAUGGACUGCUUGCAGCUCGAGAGGCAGGAAGCCAGCAGCAGCAUCAAAGGGAGAAGCCCGCUGUGGGACGCAAUGGUCUGCAUAGAUACGUCGCCCAGGAACCAGGAGAACCACCUGAUCCUGAGCCGUGUGGCAUUCAGGAUAUUAUGCUGUCAGAACCAGCCUGCCCGUAUCAGCACCACAGCUAUGGUCCAACAAGUGGAUGAGGCUAAGGCCUGUCAGCAGUGUGUGCUGGAGAAGCUUGACGCUCUGCCUAGUGCAGGCAUCGCCCUGGAGACGGUGCAUCCCACAGAAAGGCAGUGGAAAGCCAUCCUGCAAGAUGCCAGUGCUGCUGUGCAGAUGAAGGAGGCCCAGAUGCAGCUUGUAAGCCAAUAUGAAGAGAAGAGGCAGACUGCUGAAGGAGCACUGGCUAAGCUGAAGGUGGAGCUGAAGGCCGCGUGCGGUGACACUACGGAAUGCAUGACACUCCAGGAGGAACAGCUCCGAGGCUUUCUGCAGAACCUGGAGCAGGAGAGCAGCACGAUGGCAGCCGUGCUGCAGGUGUUUCCUCAGGUGUCACCCGUCCUCGAUGAGGACGACCGGACUGGGACCCUCAUUCAGCUCGAGGACCUGCAGGGACACUGGUGGACACUACAGAGGGUAGCUGAGAGGGCCUUGUACCACGCCACAGCCUAUGUCCAGGAGUCUGCCACUCUGCUCCGGGAAGCUCAGGACCUUCACAAGCAGCUGAAAGCCCUGCAAGCAUCUGAGCUCUUCCAGUCUCGGAGUGGAAACUGUGCCUCAGUACAACUAGUGUUCUUUGGUGCCACUUUAGCAGCCACUGAAUAUCAGUAUGACAAGCUAAAUCAGCUCUUUGAGGCUCUUAACCAGAGUUUAGCUGGAGAGACGGAGAGGAGGGAUAUUAGACUAGCCCUCCAGAGCUUGAAGGAGGGACUAGAUCUUGUUAAAACACAAUUGUCAGAGAUGUCCAUCAGUGUUAUCUCUGAUGCUUUAAGUAAGAUUAUGAAGGUGAUGCAGGACCACCUCACAUGGGCAAAGAAAAUGGAGAUCAAAAUCACAGAGAAAAUGAGGAAGUUGGAUCUUUUCCCAGAGAAAGUUCACCGCCAGAUUUUUGAGCUAAAGAAGCUAAAGUGUGAGAUCCAAAGUAAACAGAUCCAGCUAGAAUCUCUGGUGGAAGACGUGAAGGAGCUGACCCCCGUCCUGGAUGAGAAGGAACUUCCCCCAUUGCUUUCCUUAGUGGACACCUUAAAAGACUUGACCAAGUCAGCAGCGGAUAAUUCAGUUCGAGCUUUACUGGACGUAAAGCUGAGUUUGCAAAUGAAAGAGAAGUUAUUUGAGCAAAUUACCAAUGUGGAUGCCUGGGUUGCAAAGCAUGUAGAAAAAGAAAUGACCAGUUGGGCCAACCAACCAGACAGCGAACCUGGCAUAGCCAGUAGACUCCGGCAUCGAAUGGCAGAGCUGAAAGAGGCAGAGAAACAUUCAGCCGUCAUCAUGACUCUGCUAAAUAAGGCUGGAGAAAUGGCACCACAGCUCAGCCUUGCUGAUAGAUGCAAGUUACAUGACCUACUCAUAGACCACCAGGGUACCAUUCAUGGAAUCAUCACCUCAGAGAGGAAAGGUUGUCGGGAGCUGGAAGACCUGCGCCAAGCAAGGGUUUCCUCACUGGAGACAUUGGCAUCCAUUGAGGCAGGACUGAGACAGAUAGACUUAGACCUAACUAAGCACAAAUUUCCUGUAACUAAAGAUUCUCUCACUAUUUUGGAGCAUUACAGAUACUUACUGCUAAAGCACAGAUGGCAAGUGGAGCGGCUGCAUCACUGCAAGAGGGAUAAGAGGAGGGAGCUGCAGCGUGUGAUGGUGGAUUUACAGAAGAAAAUUAACAGUCUUGGUCUUCAGGCUGAGGCGCACGGGAAGUAUUUGAGCUCCAAGAAACAGAUGGAAGACUGGAGGCAGAACCUGGAGAAACAGGCACUUCAACUGAAGGAUGAAAAAAUCAGCAAGGUGGAAAGGUUUAGAAGCUGCCACAUUCUCUCAGUGCAAUUUUCUCUGACUAAGAACAUCUGUCAGGAGGUGACUAAUCAACUGAACAACAUCUCUCAAGACCUGUACCCAUCCCAGCUGAACUCAGAGAGGCAGAAGAUCCGGCACACAAUGCAGGGCCUAGCCUCAUGGGAAAUGGCCAUCCACAAUGAUUUGAAGAUUCUGGAGAGUGCCCUGCUUGAAGGAAAAUGCUAUUUUGCUGAGCUCCAUGCCAUGUUAGAGUUUCUCAGAGAUGCCCAACAUAAGCUAGAUCAUGCUUUGCCAGUGAGUCCAGAUGAGCAAGCUAUUGACAGGGAGCUUCUGUGGUGUUUGAGCAUCGAGAAGAGGGCAGAGUCUGGAAAGCGAGCACUGGAGGCUCUGAAAUAUAGAACGGGAACCAGGCAGGACAAGCUGGAGAGCAAGCAUAGCGAGCUGACAGACUUAAUCGAGAAGGUCCUGAAAGAAUCUCACUUGCGCACAGGGAGCCUACACCAGGCGAAGGAGGCCUUGAGGGUUUACUCUGCAGCCGUCUGUGGGGCUGCUGACUUUUUUCAGGAUGCUGAGUCUCAGCUCCUGCCCGUUCUGAGUGAGACCUCAGGCUGUGCAGACGAGCUGCAGUGCCUUACCGCCGCCUCGGCCUCCCUGACUCAGGGUUUCGGCCAUCUCCUCAGCCGGCUGCAGGAGCUUCUACCUCUUCGGACGUGCCUGUCCGUCUCUCAGGUGGAGCAGAUCCAUAUGUGCGUUAUGAGCCACCUGCUGGUCACACUGGCCAUGCUCCAGGCACGGGCUCAGCUCCAGCACGAAGCCCUGCAGAGCUGUACAAAGAGGCAGAACCUCUAUAGAAAGUCACUUGACGAUAUCUGCCACCACGUUGAGCACCUUGAGAAGAGCCUCUCAGAAUGCGUGUCUCAUAAAGUCACGUCUCUCCAGGAAUGUUCAGACCUACAGGAAAAACUGAAGGCCCUGGAGCAGGAGGCGGAGUCUCACUCUAGGGCACUGAGAGGCACGCUGACGGACCUGUGGCUGCAUUGUCCCAAACCGGGCUGUGGCUCGAAGGACGAGGCAGAAGCAGUCACUCUCAGAAGGCGCUUGGCCGGGCUCCACCACUCAGCUUGUGACCUCAGAGGCUGCUGGGAGCGAAGAGCGGCGGAGUGGAAAGGCAUAGCUCUGAGUAUGGAAGGUGCCCAGAAGGUACGAGAGCAGCUUGAGGAUGAGAUACCGCCCAGCCCCAGAGAGGGCGCUCUUCAGGAGGAGCUGCAGAACCUGCUGCCUGACACGGAGAAGUACCUGGAGAGCCUUAACAGCGAGCUGUGCGUCCUGGCCUCCUUAGAGAUGCGGCUUCCCCGAACUCUGGGUGACCCUGCCAAAAAGGAACAGGCCACACCCAGCCAAUUCUCGCAGGACCUGCAGGCCAUUAGGGAAAGCUACAGAAAGCUGACGGAGAAGAGCAUGCUGGGAAGACAGGCUGCAUCCGUGGAGCUGCAUGACCGGGAGAAGGUCCGGGAGGAGAUCUAUGGCAUGCGGGAGCGACUGAGAGUUGCCUCCUGUCGUUUGGCCAGCCUGGAACAUUUUGCAUGCCAGAGCCGUCUGCAGGAGGUGCGUCUCGAGCUCAGCUCCCAGAGGGCCGUGCUCCGGGGCAUCAUGGAGGGCCUCAGGGUGAAGUACCCCAGCAGCUUCCCUUUGGUGCCCCUAGAGGUGCAGAAGCCCCUGCAGGAAGUCACUCACCUGCUGGAGGAGCUGGAGGAGAAGCUGGCAGAGACAGCGGAGAAGAUCAGCCCUGUGCGGCGGCUGGGUGUCGGUGUAACCCAGGUGACGGGCGGCUUGCGGCUGGUCAUGUCCCUGCUGGAGCAGAAGAGUUCCACGGUGGUGGAGGCAGAGUACCUUCAGAAGCGUGUGUGGGACGAGCUGGACCGCUGGCACACUCAGCUGGCAGCGCUGGAGUCCGAGGUGGCCGACAUGAGUCAGGAUCAGCCAGAACUGGCCCACAAUCUGAUGGACCAGCUGACGGAGCCUCUUCAACUGUACCAGAAAGUGGUCAAGCAGGCAGAGCAGAGGACCGCAUUCCUCAGCAAGAUUCCGGCUUGCCUACAGGAGUAUGAGGAGAUCAUGGCCAGCUCCAACUCCUGGUUGAGGGAGGCCAAAGGCUGGCUGAAUACCCCCUGCAGCUACACCUCUGCCAGAAGCCUCAGCAGCCACGUUCAUGCUCUCCAGGUGCUUCUGGAAGACUCGGAGCAGAUGAGGGCGACCUUGCAGGCAUUUACGCCGUUUCUAAAAGAGAUCUCCACUGUGUGCAACACUAUGGCCCUAGAGCAGCGACUGAACCAGGCUGACGAGCAUGUUGCCUCCAUGCAGCAAAGCAUUGUGGGUCCGCUGACCCAGCUCCAGAACACCGCUGCAGGAGUGGAUGCCAUUGAAGCAGAAGUGAAGUUUAUGGAAAAAAAUGUAACGAAAAUCAGGGCCAUACUGUCAUCGCUGGACUCGGAAUCGGCGUCUCCAGAAGAGCACCUGCGAGACUGGCAGGUGAUUCUGGACAACAUCCAGGCAAUGAAAAGGACAAUAACUGAGAUCCAAAACUGUAAACCCAGCCUGGGCCUGCCCAGGGAAGCAGAGGAGGCCCUGGAUGUCUUCCAGAGAGCUCAGGACCUUCUGCCACCUAUACAAGACCUGGAGCAGGAGACUGUUACCCAGAUUGCGACAAUAAAGAUUUCAGCGAGUUACGAACUGAAAUACAUGAGAAAGAUACGCAGCAUCGCCGACGAUGCCGUCGACCCCAGAGGGAUAAUUUGUGCUGUUGAGGGGAAGGUGUGGGAGACAUCUCUAUCUGAGGAGGAAGAGGAGGGCAGCACCCACUCGUCUUCCUCUGACACGCUCAUAGGGAGUGUGUCUGAGGGCCCCGAUGACACAGCUGAAGAGCCUGCCUUCCCUGCAGAGGGUACCAUGGGAGCUGCAGGGGGAGGUGGGGCCCAGCAUGGGGACUUGGUUGUAGGAGCAGCUUGCGGUGGAGUUGACUUUGGAGAUGGCCUUAACGUUGGGGUCCUGGAGACUCCUGAACCCCAUCUAAUUCCUACCACCAAGAGUGCAAUUGCUUGGAAAGAGGAGGACAGGUUUCCAGAGCCAAUAAUAAAGCAGAUCUUUGACCCACAUGACAAGUAUAUGUUCAGAAGCAGCACUCCCAGUUCAGAGAUACUGAAGGAUGACCAUCAGGCUGAGGUCAUGGGAGAUGUUUUUGGUCCCCCAUUGUCAGUGUCAGCAUCACUGGAAACUGACUAUGAUUCACAACUGAGUGCAACCAUUCCACGGGAGAAUGUGUCUGUAUCUCAAGAGGCUUUAUCACUGCUUUACAAGAGGAAUCUAUCUCUGCCUGAAGAGACUAAAUCAGUAAGACAGCACACUGUAUCAGUUCCCCAAAGGGAUGUGUCAGCUCCUGCAAAGACUACAUCAGUAACAAAUGACACUGCGUCAGUUCCACUUUGUGUUGUGUCAAUUUCUGAAGAGACUUUAUCAGUAAUACUGGAGACUGUGUCAGUUCCAAAGAGGGAUGUGCCAGCUCCCAAAGAGACUACAUCAGUGACACGGGACACAGCAUCAGUUCCCACGAGGGAUGUGUCAGCUCCCAAAGAGACUGUGUCUGCAGCAAAAGACAUGUUGUCAGUACCCCAGAAGGAUGAUUUAGCUUCUGCAGAGUAUAAAUCAGUAACACAGGAGACAGUGUCAGUUCCCGAUAUGAAUGAGUCGGCCCCCAAAGAGACUACGCCAGUAACACAGGAGACUGUGUCAGUUUGCCAGACAGAUGCGGUCCCUUUGAGAGCUGACACAUCAUUUACACAGGAGACUGUGUCAGUUCACAAGAAGGAUGUGGCAGCAACUGCAGAAACUAUAUCAGUAACACAUGAUGCUCUGUCAGUUGCCAAGAGGGAUAUGUCAACUAGUAAAAAAACUAUAUCUGUAACAGAGGAGAAAAUGUCAGUUCCCAACAAGGAUGUGACAGCUACCAAAGAGACUAUAUUAGUAACACAGGAGACCAUGUCAGUUCCCAAGAGGGAUGUGUCAACUCCCAAAAAGACUUUAUCAGCAAUACAGGAGACGGUUUCAGUUCUCAAGAUGGAUGUUUCAGCUCCUAAAGCGAGUGCAUCAGUGACACGGGAGACUGUGUCAAUUCACGAGAAGGAUGUGUCAGAUCUUACAGAGACUAUAUCAGUAGCACUGGACACCAUGUCAGUUCUCCAGAAGGACAUGUCAACUCCUGCAAAGACUAUAUCAGAAACACUGGAGACAGUGUCAGUUCCCAAGAGGGAUGUGACAGCUACCAAAGAAACUAUAUCAGUAACACAGGAGACCGUGUCAAUUCCCAAGAGGCAUGUGAAAGCUACCAAAGAGACUGUAUCUUCACCACAAGACACGCUGUCAAUUCCCCAGAAGGAUGUGUCAGCUACUGCAAAGUCUAUAUCAGUAGCACCGGACACCAUGUCAGUUCUCCAGAAGGAUGUGUCACCUCUUGCAGAGACUAUAUCAGAAACACAGGAGACAGUGUCAGUUCCCAAGAGGGAUGUGACAGCUACCAAAGAAACUAUAUCAGUAACACAGGAGACCGUGUCAAUUCCCAAGAGGGAUGUGUCAGCUCCCAAAGAGACUGUAUCUUCACCAGAAGAAAUUUUGUCAGUUCCACAAAAAGAUGUGUCAGCUCGCAAAGAGACUACAUCAGUGACACAGGACACAGUGUCCAUUCCCAAGAGGGAUGUGUCAGCUCCCAAAGAGACUGUAUCUGCACCACAAGAAAUGUUGUCAGUUCCCCAGAAGGAUGUGUCAGAUCCUACAGAGACUAUAUCAGUAGCACUGGACACCAUGUCAGUUCUUCAGAAGGACGUGUCAACUCCUGCAGAGACUAUAUCAGAAACACUGGAGACAGUGUCAGUUCCCAAGAGGGAUGUGUCAGCUACCAAAGAAACUAUAUCAGUAACACAGGAGACUGUGUCAGCUCCCAAGAGGGAUGUGAAAGCUACCAAAGAAACUAUAUCAGUAACACAGGAGACUGUGUCAAUUCCCAAGAGGGAUGUGAAAGCUACCAAAGAAACUAUAUCAGUAACACAGGAGACUGUGUCAGCUCCCAAGAGGGAUGUGUCAGCUCCCAAAGAGACAGCAUCUGCAGCACAAGAUACGUUGUCAAUUCCCCAGAAGGAUGUGUCAGCUCCUGCAAAGUCUAUAUCAGUAGCACUGGACACCAUGUCAGUUCUCCAGAAGGAUGUGUCAGCUCCCAAAGAGACUGUAUCUGCACCACAAGAAAUGUUGUCAAUUCCACAAAAAGAUGUGUCAGCUCACAAAGAGACUACAUCAGUGACACGGGACACAGUAUCCAUUCCCGAGAAGGAUGUGUCAGCUCUUGCAAAGUCUAUAUCUGCACCACAAGACACGUUGUCAAUUCCCCAGGAGGACGUAUCAACUCCUACAGAGACUAUGUUAGAAACACUGGAGACUGUGUCAGUUCCCAAGAGGGAUGUGAAAGCUACCAAAGAAACUAUAUCAGUAACACAGGAGACUGUGUCAGCUCCCAAGAGGGAUGUGUCAGCUCCCAAAGAGACAGCAUCUGCAGCACAAGACACGUUGUCAAUUCCCCAGAAGGAUGUAUCAGCUCCUGCAAAGUCUAUAUCAGUAGCACUGGACACCAUGUCAGUUCUCCAGAAGGAUGUGUCACCUCCUGCAGAGACUAUAUCAGAAACACUGGAGACAGUGUCAGUUCACAAGAGGGAUGUGACAGCUACCAAAGAAACUGUAUCUUCACCAGAAGAAAUUUUGUCAGUUCCCCAGAAGGAUGUGUCAGCUCCUGCAAAGUCUAUAUCAGAAACAUUGGAGACAGUGUCAGUUCUCCCGAAGGACGUGUCAACUCCUGCAGAGACUAUAUCAGAAACACUGGAGAGAGUGUCAGUUCCCAAGAGGGAUGUGUCAGCUCCCAAAGAGACUGUAUCUUCAUCACAAGAAAUGUUGUCAGUUCCCCAGAAGGAUGUGUCAGCUCCUGCAAAGUCUAUAUCAGUAGCACUGGAAACCAUGUCAGUUCUCCAGAAGGACGUGUCAACUCCUACAGAGACUAUAUCAGAAACACUGGAGACAGUGUCAGUUCCCAAGAGGGAUGUGACAGCUACCAAAGAGACUACAUCAGUAACACAGGAGACUGUGUCAAUUCCCAAGAGGGAUGUGUCAGCUCCCAAAGAGACUGUAUCUGCACCACAAGAAAUGUUGUCAGUUCCACAAAAAGAUGUGUCAGCUCGCAAAGAGACUAUAUCAGUGACACGGGACACUGUGUCCAUUCCCAAGAGGGAUGUGUCAGCUCCCAAAGAGACUGUAUCUGCACCACAAGAAAUGUUGUCAGUUCCUCAAAAAGAUGUGUCAGCUUGCAAAGAGACUACAUCAGUGACACAGGACACAGUAUCCAUUCCCAAGUGGGAUGUGUCAGCUCCCAAAGAGACUGUAUCUGCACCACAAGAAAUGUUGUCAGUUCCACAAAAAGAUGUGUCAGCUCGCAAAGAGACUAAAUCAGUGACACAGGACACAGUGUCCAUUCCCAAGAGUGAUGUGUCAGCUCCCAAAGAGACUGUAUCUGCACCACAAGAAAUGUUGUCUCUGCCCGAGAAGGAUGUGUCAGCUUCUGCAAAGUCUAUAUCAGUAGCACUGGACACCAUGUCAAUUCUCCAGAAGGAUGUGUCAACUCCUACAGAGACUAUAUUAGAAACACUGGAGACAGUGUCAGUUCCCAAGAGGGAUGUGUCAGCUCCCAAAGAGACUGUAUCUGCACCACAAGAAAUGUUGUCAGUUCCACAAAAAAAUGUGUCAGCUCGCAAAGAGACUACAUCAGUGACACGGGACACAGUAUCCAUUCCCAAGAGGGAUGUGUCAGCUCCCAAAGAGACUGUAUCUGCACCACAAGAAAUGUUGUCAGUUCCACAAAAAGAUGUGUCAGCUCGCAAAGAGACUACAUCAGUGACACGGGACACAGUAUCCAUUCCCGAGAAGGAUGUGUCAGCUCUUGCAAAGUCUAUAUCUGCACCACAAGACACGUUGUCAAUUCCCCAGGAGGACGUGUCAACUCCUACAGAGACUAUAUUAGAAACACUGGAGACUGUGUCAGCUCCCAAGAGGGAUGUGUCAGCUCCCAAAGAGACAGCAUCUGCAGCACAAGACACGUUGUCAAUUCCCCAGAAGGAUGUGUCAGCUCCUGCAAAGUCUAUAUCAGAAACACUGGAGACAGUGUCAGUUCCCAAGAGGGAUGUGUCAGCUCCCAAAGAGACUGUAUCAGUAACACAGGAGACUGUGUCAAUUCCCAAGAGGGAUGUGUCAGCUCCCAAAGAUACUGUAUCUGCACCACAAGAAAUGUUGUCAGUUCCCCAGAAGGAUGUGUCAGCUCCUGCAAAAUCUAUAUCAGUAGCACUGGACACCAUGUCAGUUCUCCAGAAGGAUGUGUCACCUCCUGCAGAGACUAUAUCAGAAACACUGGAGACAGUGUCAGUUCCCAAGAGGGAUGUGACAGCUACCAAAGAGACUACAUCAGUAACACAGGAGACUGUGUCAAUUCCCAAGAGGGAUGUGUCAGCUCCCAAAGAGACUGUAUCUGCACCACAAGAAAUGUUGUCAGUUCCACAAAAAGAUGUGUCAGCUCGCAAAGAGACUAUAUCAGUGACACGGGACACUGUGUCCAUUCCCAAGAGGGAUGUGUCAGCUCCCAAAGAGACUGUAUCUGCACCACAAGAAAUGUUGUCAGUUCCCCAGAAGGAUGUGUCAGCUCCUGCAAAAUCUAUAUCAGUAGCACUGGACACCAUGUCAGUUCUCCAGAAGGAUGUGUCACCUCCUGCAGAGACUAUAUCAGAAACACUGGAGACAGUGUCAGUUCCCAAGAGGGAUGUGACAGCUACCAAAGAGACUACAUCAGUAACACAGGAGACUGUGUCAAUUCCCAAGAGGGAUGUGUCAGCUCCCAAAGAGACUGUAUCUGCACCACAAGAAAUGUUGUCAGUUCCACAAAAAGAUGUGUCAGCUCGCAAAGAGACUAUAUCAGUGACACGGGACACUGUGUCCAUUCCCAAGAGGGAUGUGUCAGCUCCCAAAGAGACUGUAUCUGCACCACAAGAAAUGUUGUCUCUUCCCGAGAAGGAUGUGUCAGCUCCUGCAAAGUCUAUAUCUGCACCACACGACACGUUGUCAAUUCCCCAGGAGGACGUGUCAACUCCUGCAGAGACUAUAUCAGAAACACUGGAGACAGUGUCAGUUCCCAAGAGGGAUGUGACAGCUACCAAAGAGACUACAUCAGUAACACAGGAGACUGUGUCAAUUCCCAAGAGGGAUGUGUCAGCUCCCAAAGAGACUGUAUCUGCACCACAAGAAAUGUUGUCAGUUCCACAAAAAGAUGUGUCAGCUCGCAAAGAGACUAUAUCAGUGACACGGGACACUGUGUCCAUUCCCAAGAGGGAUGUGUCAGCUCCCAAAGAGACUGUAUCUGCACCACAAGAAAUGUUGUCUCUUCCCGAGAAGGAUGUGUCAGCUCCUGCAAAGUCUAUAUCUGCACCACACGACACGUUGUCAAUUCCCCAGGAGGACGUGUCAACUCCUGCAGAGACUAUAUCAGAAACACUGGAGACAGUGUCAGUUCCCAAGAGGGAUGUGACAGCUACCAAAGAGACUAUAUCAGUUACACAGGAGACUGUGUCAGUUCCCAAGAGGGAUGUGUCAGCUCCCAAAGAGACUGUAUCUGCACCACAAGAAAUGUUGUCUCUUCCCGAGAAGGAUGUGUCAGCUCCUGCAAAGUCUAUAUCAGUAGCACUGGACACCAUGUCAGUUCUCCAGAAGGAUGUGUCAACUCCUGCAAAGACUAUUUCAGAAACACUGGAGACUGUGUCAGUUCCCAAGAGGGAUGUGUCAUCUCCCAAAGAGACUGUAUCAGCAACACAGGAGAAGGUGUCAGUUCCCAAGAGGGAUGUGUCAGCUCGCAAAGUGACUGUAUCUGCACCACAAGACACAUUGUCAAUUCCCCAGGAGGACGUGCCAACUCCUACAGAGACUAUAUUAGAAACACUGGAGACAGUUUCAGUUCCCAAGAGGGAUGUGAAAGCUACCAAAGAAACUAUAUCAGUAACACAGGAGACUGUGUCAGUUCCCAAGAGGGAUGUGUCAGCUCCCAAAGAGACUAUUUCAGCAAUACAGGAGACUGUUUCAGUUCCCAAGAGGGAUGUGUCAGCUCCCAAAGAGACUACAUCAGUGACACAGGAGACUGUGUUAAUUCACCAGAAGGAUGUGUCAGCUCCUACAGAACCUAUGUCAGUAAUGCAUGAUGCUCUCUCAGUUGCCAAGAGGGAUAUGUCAACUAGUAAAGAGACUAUAUCUGUAACAGAGGAGAGAAUGUCAUUUCCCAUGAUGGAUAUGUCAGCUACCAAAGAGACUAUAUCAGUAACACAGGAGACCAUCCCAGCUCCCAACGAGACUGUACGUGCACCCCAAGAAAUGUUGUCAGUUCCACAAAAGGAUGUGUCAUCUCGCAAAGAGACUACACCAGUGAUACGGGACACAGUGUCAGUUCCCAAGAGGGAUGUGUCAGCUCCUACAAAGACUACAUCAAUAACACAGGAGACUGUGUCAGUUCGCCAGAAUGAUGUGUUAGCGCCUACAGAAAGUAUAUCAAUAACACAUGAUGCUCUGUCAACUGCCAAGAGGGAUGUGUCAACUCCUAAAGAGACUGUUUCAGUAACAGAGGAGACAUUGUCAGUUCCCAAGAGGGAUGUGUCAGCUACCAAAGAGACUACACCAGUAACACAGGAUACAGCAUCAGUUCCAAAGAGGGAUGUGUCAGCUCCCAAUGAGUCUACAUCUGUAACACAGGACACCAUGUCAGUUGCCCAGAAGGAUUUGUCAGCUCCAGUAGACAAUAUAUCAGUAACGCGUGACACUGUGUCACUUCCCAACAGGGAUGUGCCAGCUACCAAAGACACUCCAUCAGCAACACAGGAUAUUGUGUCAGUUACCAAAGAGACUACAUCAAUAACACAGGAGACUGUGUCAGGUCCCCAAGGGGAUGUGUCAAGUCCUGCAAAGACUAUGUCAGUAACGCAUCACACCCUGACACUUGUCAAGAGGGAUGAGUUCGCUACCAAAGAGACUAUAUCAGAACCAAAGGAGACUGUGUCAGUUCCCCACAAGGAUGCGUCUGUGCCUUUUCAAACUGUGCCACUUGGGCAGCAGAGUGUGGGUAUUCCCCUAGAGCCAUUGGCAGUGCCCCCCAUGCAUGUGCCAGUUUCUGGUGGCCCCUGGGUUGAGCAGGGCCUCCAGCCUUUAUGUGACCUAACCACUCAGGUUAGAGCUUGGUUGGAAAGUGCACAUGGGAGUCUCAGUGAUAUGCUUCCAGGGGCACCAAUGCCAGGUGGCAUAGAGGAGCAGCUACUCACCUGUCAGGGAGCAUGUGAGGAAAUGGAGAAAAAUGUAUCCAGUUUGUAUAGCCUGAGUCCACAGGAUCUUGCUGAAACACGUAGAUGGAUAGUUACGCUCCUGUCAGCCUUAGACCAACUCAAGAGCAGCUUGCUCCCAUUAUUGCAGCUGUCAGAACAUUCGUGCCAGAUUCAGAGUGACUUGCAGUGUGGAGUAUUAGUCCAAGAGGGAGGGCUGGAGCACACUGUCAGCAAUCCAGAGCUCCUGACCACUCUGAAGAUUCAAUCCAUCCAGCAGGAGAAGGAGCUCCAGCUUGAAUUGAAAGAGCAGAGAGAUCUGGCUGUGGCGUUACAACAUUACAGCAGCCAGGGGUGGCUGCAGAGAGCCACACAGGAGCACAAGGCUCAACUGCUGACCAGGUCUAAUACUGGGGCUGAAGGGGAUGCAACAGCUCAGGAGCGAAGGCCUCAGGUCCAUGGGCAGCUGGAGGCUACACUGGCCGCCCUGGAUGGGACUGGAAGCACAUGGCAGGAUGUCUUGGCGUCUGGAAAUGCGGGGAAGCCUGUGACCUGGAGCAUGCCAGCCAUCCUGAGACGGGAGGCCAUCCAGUUGGAGGACUUGCUGAACACCGCCUGUACCUCCCUGCAAAGCCAGCAGGGGGCGCUGCAGGAGCAGCUGGACCAGCAGCUGCAGUAUGAGCAGAGACUCCAUGGACUGGCCAGCUUGGUGGAACUGGGUUGGGAGAGACUGACCCGCAGUCAGCAUGUGCAGCUGCGCAGUCAGGAUGAACUGCAGGGUCUUUUAAGCAGCCACAAGACAUUCUUCCAGAAGUUGGCGAGCCACUUGGCGAUGGUGCAGCGACUCUCGCAGCGGCUGUCAGCGACCGGGCUGCAGACACAGGCGGGAGCGCAGACGGAAGCGCAGGCAGAAGCGCAGGCGGCGCUGGAGCAGGAUGCUCGCACUCUCCAGCAGAGGGCAGUACAGCAGGGAGUACGGUUGCAGGACGGCUUGCAGGCUUGGUCUCAGUGGCAGGAGAGUUGUGGCUGGAUAGCAAAACUACUGCAUGACUUGGAGGCUAGGAUGCCUUCGAGUACAGGGCCAGGACAUGAGGAUCAGGAGGAGCAGCUGCAGCAGACUCUCUGUGUCUGUGAGCAGGUGAGCAAGGCCCUGGAGGAGAGCCGGGCACCACUGGGAGCUGCCGUGGAGCAGGGCCAGGCGCUGCAGGCUGGGGGGUUCGGCAGCACCGUGGGGGCUGCGCUGCGCGAGCUGCAGAGCCGCUGGAACGCCGUACACCACUGCGCAGAGCGGGAGCAGCUGCGGGUCUCUGCGUUCACGCAUCUGUGGGCCAGGUUCUGCAGUGACUCGGUGGCACUGGGUGAUUGGCUGGGCAGGGCGCGGGAGCGGCUGGAGUCCUGGAGGAGGCGCUGUGAUGCCACGCCCCCUCAGCAGGAGCAUGUCCGCCAGCGGCUCGCCAACUUUCUGGACUUCACCAAGGAGGUGGAGGCCCGGUCUUCGCUGAAGGCCUCUGUGAUCAGCACGGGUGAGCAGCUGCUGCAGCUGAAGAGGUGCGGGGACGCUGGCACACUACGGGAGCAGCUGACGCAGCUGGAGCAGGGCUGGGCCGAGAUUCUCUCCACUUUGCCUUCUGUCCAGGACUGGCUGCACCAGCAGUUGAUGGAGAAGCUGCAUCCUUCGGAGGCCAUGACUGAGCUGGGAGUCUGGAUGGAUGCAAUGGAGAAGAGGCUGAAAGAAGAUCAUCAGGAGAUCCGUCAGGCCAGCAGUGCCGCCGGGCUUCAGCCGUUGCUGCAGAGAUACAAGGAGUAUCAGGUUGAGAUGGCCUGCCACCAGCUUACGGUCGACACGCUCGACCAGUCAGUGUCACAGCCCAGCGGCAUUGACCUUCCAGCCACAAGAUAUGAGCUCGCGCUCCAUGCUGAGAAGCUUGGCGCCCUGAACUUGCGCUGGCUCCGCCUGAAGGGGGCGCUGUGCAGCCAGGUCCAGCUGCUGGAGCAGAACCUCCAGACCUGCCUGGCCAGAGACGAGAGGCUGCGGGUCCUGGGCGGAGGGCUGUCCAGGCAGAGGGAGAAGCUGAGUCAGGUGGAGAGACCCAGCAGUCGCUCGCAGGCCAGGGAGGCGCUGCAGGAGUGUGGGGACACAGAGGAGAAGCUGAAAGAUACGGAAGCCCAGCUUCAGGAGCUGAGAGAAGUCUGCCUCAGCGAUACCGACGGAGAGCUGCGUCGCCACUGCACAUGCAGUGAGCAGCUGGACAUGCUCCGCAGGGACUGCGCAGAUCUGCGUCAGCAGGUCACUGCUCUCCGCCCAAGGCUGCAGGGGGCCCUGGAUCUCUGGGGCCUGGUAACAAAGGGGCUAGCAGAGAUAGCACUCCACACCACCAAGAGCCAGUACUCUCUCGAGCAGGGCACCCACGCCCAGUUCUCCCAGCAUGCACUGCAGGACCACGUGGAUGAGUUACAGCUCCUGCAGGUAGAGGCAGGGGGCGCUGAAGAGAAGUGGGAGGCUUUAAACCAGAACUUCUCCAACCUGAGGGACGUCAUCAGUCCUGCUGCAGCUCAGCUUUUAUCGGAGCAGAUAGAGAAGCAGAAAAUUCGGUGGGCAGCAGUCAGCCAGGAGGUAGCCGGCGCUCUGCCGCGGGCCCAGGAGCUGCUGGGCCUCUGGAGAAGGUUCAGCGGGGCCUUCAUGAGCUGCUCGCAGAGUCUGCAGGUCCACCAGGAACGGGCCAGCUUCCUGCUCGCAGCCUGGCCUGGGAGGCAGCACACUGCUGAGCAAGUGGUAAAGCGACUGGAAGCCAGCAGGAUGCAGCAGCAGAGUUUGCAGGUCUUGCAGAGAAGCAUGGAGGAAGUGAUGGAAACUAGCAAACAUCUCACUGGCCACAUGAAUGUCCCAGCAUCCAUCUUUAUCCAAUCAGAGGGCUGGAUGUUGUCAUGUGAACUCCUCAAGCUAAGGGAGGCACUCGCAAGGAGAGAGGGACACCUACAGGAGGAGCUGCAGGAGCUGCAGAAGUUCACCAGCAGCCUGGCCUCACUGGAGCUGCACCUCUGCUCCUGCCAGAGCAGAUUGACCAGCGGCGCAGACUCUGCCCCCCAGAGCGUCCUGCAGGACCUGGGCUCCCUAGGACCUGAGCUGGAGGCCCUGAACUGGAAGGGUGACAUGCUGCCCCAGGGGGACCCUGCUGGUGACAGACUUCAAGCCCUCAACAGGCAGUGGUCUGUGACCUUCUCACAGGCGGCACAGGUGUACAGUGAGCUGCAGCAGGGCGCCGUGGGUCAGCAGAGCUUCCAGUUGCUCUGCCAGGGCUGGGAAGCCUUCCUGCAGAGCAUGGAGGACAGUCUGGCCAGGCAGGAGCCCCUCUGCUCCCCCUCCCUGCGCGAGCAACUCGCCGUGCUCCAGAAGCUGCGAGUGGAGCUGCCCAGGGGAGAUCAGCUUCUGUGGUCCGUCCUUCGGGAGGGACAGGGUCUGCUGGAGAGCCUGGAGGCCGAGCAGAGGCAUGACCUCGCUCUCCAGCUGACCCAUAUGAGGGAGCACUGGCACUCUGUGCUGGUAAGGGUACAGCAGCAUGGGGCCCUGCUGAGGGCGCUAGUGAGGUACUGGCAGCUCUACAUACACGGCACAAAUGAACUGAGGGCACUGCUGAGCCAGACUGACACGCUCCUGCCCCCUACUGGCCCCGCCCACUGCAGUCUGCGUGAGCUCCGAUGGUCCCUGCAUGACCUAAAGUAUGCUGAGGACCAGGUGGGCCACCGCCGUGCUGUCUACCGGCAGACUAUGCAGAUUGGCUGGCAGCUAUGCUCUGCGUCUGAUGCGCAGACCCAGGCGCAGCUGCAGACGGAGCUGCGGCUGCUGCAGGAGGACUGGGAGCGCACGGAGAGCCUGCUGGAAAAGCGCAGGGCCCUCACAGAGGCCGUCCUGCAGAACUGGGAGCGCUACAAGGCCAGGCUAGCCGAUAGCGGAGAGCGGCUGGAGGAGGUGAGGAACAGACUGAAACAGCCGCUGCCUGAAUGUCUGGAGGAGAUCCGGGUCACAGAGAAGAUCACCAAGGAGCAGGAGGAAGCUCUGCAGCACUGGGCGCACGACCUGACGGAGCUGGCGGCCAUGAAGACAGAGCUGUCCCAGUACGUGACGGGCAAAGAUGGGGGCCCCCCGGACGAGGCAGCCGAGGACCUGCAGCUCCAGUGGGAGGAGCUCUGUGCGAAGGUUUCUCUGCGCAAGCAAGAGAUUGCAGAUCGUCUGAGCGCCUGGGUGAUUUUCAACAAGAAGAACAGGGAGCUCUGCGAGUGGCUGACGCAAAUGGAGAGCAAAGUGACGCACAGGGCCGACAUUAGUUUGGAUGACAUGAUGGAGAAGCUGAAGAAGGACUUCAUGGAGGAGAUCAACCUUUUCAGUGAGAACAAGAUCCAUCUGAACAGGCUGGCUGAGCAGCUUCUCAGCGCCAGCGACCAGGCCCAGGGCGCUGAGGCCAGUGACAGAAUGGCCGACGUGAAUGCACGCUGGCAGUGCCUGUUAGACCACAUCGAGGCCAGGGUGAGGAAGCUGAAGGAGACUCGGAGCACGGUGCGCCAGCUGGACAUGGACAUGAAUCCCCUGCGAGUCUGGCUCUGCCGCACGGAGGCCACGCUGGCCACACCUGUGACAUACAGCAUCUGCCACCAAGACGAGAUCCAGGGGAAGCUGGCUGAGCAGCAGGACCUUCAGCGAGACGUAGAGCAGCAUGCCGAGAGCGUGGCCUCCAUGCUGACAGUGUGUGAGGGUCUGCUUGGGGACAGCGAAGGCUGCGGCACCGAGACAGAGCGCAAGUCCCUCCAGGAGACGGCCCGCUGUCUGGAGCAGCGCUGGAGGAACAUCUGCACCCGGGCCCUGGAGAGGAGGGCCAGGAUCGACGGCACGUGGCAGCUCUGGUGCAGCUUCCUUGACGACCAUUCGCACUUUGACAGCUGGCUGAAGGCCGCUGAGCACACAGCCGCGAACCCCGAGUCUGCAAACGUGCCCUACGCAAGCGCCAAGGAGGAGCUCAAGAAGUUUGAGGCCUUCCAGAGGCAGGUCCAGGAAAGACUGGCCCAGCUGGAGAGGCUGAACAAGCAGUAUUGUCAGCUGGCCCGGGAGCACCGCACUGAUUCAGCGGAUCGGCUGAGACACAUGGCCUGGGAGGUGAAUCGGCGCUGGGACGAGCUGGAGAGCCGUGUGGCGGCCAUCCUGCGCAGGCUAAGGCACUUCACGUCCCAGCGGGAGGAGUUUGAGGGCAUGCGGGAGGGGCUUCUGGUGUGGCUGACUGAGAUGGACCUGCAGCUGACCACCGUGGAGCACUUCAGUGAGAGUGAUGUCCAGGACAAGAUGAGGCAGCUCAAUGACUUCCAGCAGGAGAUCACCCUGAACACCUCUAAGAUCGACCAGCUGAUCGUGUUCGGAGAGAACCUGAUCCAGAAGAGCGCUGCGCCGGAUGCUGUGGCGAUCGAGGACGAGCUGGAGGAGCUGCAUUCCUACUGCCAGGAGGUGUUCGGUCGAGUGGGCCGCUUCCAUCAGCGUCUCACUAGCCUCCAGCAGGUGGUACAGGAGCAGCAGCAUCAGCAGGAGGACCUGGAGGAGGAGGCACGGCCUGCCCGGGGGGGGGGUCUGCUCUCCAUAUCCCAGGAGCGCUCAGACAGGGACACACCCGUCAGCGUGGAAUCCAUUCCCCUGGAGUGGGAUCACGCUGUUGAUGUGGGGCCACAUCAGAGGAAAGGGGAGGAGGAGGAGGAGGAAGAGGAGGAGGCGACCUUCUAUAGUGCUCUGUCAGGGAGGUCUGAGACAGAAGCCAGCUGGCACAGCCCAGAACACACAGAGACGGGCGGACCCUAUCCAGACGUCAUCCACACUCAGGCCUCUGGGCCCUUGGAUACCAGUGUACCCUUAAAAGAAGGCUAUGUGGAUUUGAUGCUGGAGUGCAGUGGCACCGUGGCAAGCGUGGAAAGGGUAUCUCUGAUCUUGAACAGCCCCGAGCAUCCAGACGACGUGGGGCUCACUGGCAUAAGUGCUGCGGACAAGCAAUCAGGAGUGAUCAAACGGUGGGAGCUGCUGCAGGCGCAGGCAAGGGGCGUCGAAUUAGAGGCCGGCCGUGAUCUGAGGGGGCAGCAGCUGACCUCUGACCUGGAGGGCGUGGCUGCAUGGCUCGGUCAGGUGCAGUGCGAGCUGGAGCGGCUGAAGAGCAAGCCUUCCGCCAGCGUGCAGGACAUGGAAGCCCACGUCAGGCAGCUGAAGGAAAUGCAGCACAGCUUUGCCAGCUACAAAACGAUGAUUAUUUCGGCCAACCUGAGGGCGCGGGAGCUCCAGCAGAGUGAGGCUGUGGCGGCCCGUGACCUGCAGGGGGCGCUGUGUAGCGUGAACCAGGGCUGGAAGGAGGCCUGCGCCGGCCUGGAGGCCUGGGAAGAGGAUCUGCGCAGUGCCCUGCUGUGGUGCCAGGAAUUCCACACGACGCUGCACUCCCUGCUGCUCUGGCUGGCUCACGCCGAGAGCCGACGCUUCGCGGUGGACAUGCAGGACCCCAGCCUGAGCCAGGCCGCUCUCCUGGAGCAGCAGGCCAAUCUCAGGGGUUUGGAGGCGGAGCUUCUCAGCCGCCAGCAACAGGUGGAGUCCCUGCAGGAGAUCUCCUCCCAGCUGCUGCCGGAGGCGGCCAUGGCUGAGGAGGAGUACGCAGAGGCCCGAGAGAAAGUGCACGUCGUCGGCAGGAAGCUGCACACUCUGCUGCAGCUUGUGGAUGGGGAUCUGCACGUGCUGCAGGAGCGCCUGGUCUCCUGUCCUCCUCCUGAAUCAGCAGCUGAUGUUGUCCCAGGCGAGCAGGGAGAGGUACAGGAGGUUAAGCUGGCAGCUGAAGGGACCCCCCCGGAGGCAACAAGCAGGAGGCAGGCACGUGAGCAGUCGCCACCGCGGUCCUUCUUCCAGCGAGUGCUGCGUGCCACCUUCCCCCUACAUGUGCUCUUCCUCCUGCUGCUGGUGCUCGCCUGCCUCGUGUACCCUUUCCCACAACUUCGCUCCUUCCACCCAAUGCUCCACUACACUAACGGCCCUCCCCCAACAUGAGCCCCUCCUCCAUCAUAGUCCCACCCCCAACAUGAGCCCCUCCCCAUCAUAGUUGUACGCAGUUGGUCAUACAGCAGGUGCUGCUCCUUCAGAACAUUCUUAAUCCCAAAGAAUAUUUUCUUAAGAUUGUAUAUGCAGGCAUUUAUAGAUGUGAACUACUUUCUUUCUAUUGAGAAUAUGCCGUAGUGGGUGAUUUUAAAAGAAAAUCUAGAAAAAUAUCUCCCCCAAGUCUAUCAUUUAAAGUUUUUUUUUCCCAGCUGAAAUUGAUACGUUUUGAGUUUUCCCUCCUCUUUUUUUCCUUAUUUCUUUGCGUUCAUUUUCUGGGGAGCUACAUUAAGCCUAAUUUUUAUUACUGGUCAGCUGGUAUAUCAAAGCUCAGGCAUCAUGACAUAUACAGCAGUUGCUUUGUUUUUUUUCCGUAGAUUUCUUGAGAUGCACACAAACUUCCCUCUUAGGAAAUGCCUUUUAUAGCUACCGAGGACUGAUUAGGUACACUGAUUACGUACACUGAUCAGGUACACUGAUCGGUAUAACGAGCUUCUCUCUCCGAGGCUGUGAAUAUGAAACAUAUGAAUACAGAAGCACCUUGAAAUAUCUGAACUUGAGAGACGAUUGUUAUACUGUCCUGUACUGCUUGUAUUCCAAUUAUUUUAAUCAAAUCAAAAUAAAAUUUCACUAACUAUUUUAAAUAA